UGGUAAAGACUGACGAUUCUCUUGGGAAAGUUCAUCCCUCAGCAUUAUGAAGUCACAUGUUAACAUUUGAUCUUAAUAAGUCAAUAUUACCAAACGCUGGUGGUGGCGGCUGCUUUUUUACCUGCUGGCGGUUAGAUGAGGACAGCAUCAGUGGAAGUGGAAACUCGUGAUCUGAACAUCCAAGUGUACAGCUGGCUGAAUUUGAUUGGAUGACAGAGUGUGGGACACAGUCCGUGAAUGUGUGAAGAACUGAGCAACAUGAAUGGUGCACAUCAGCCAAUAAAAUGACAACUUAAACAAUCCAAACAAACGCUUCUCUUUCUUAUUGGCUCCAGCAGGAAGCAGAAACAGCAUAUAAACCACGACACCACCGAGGGUGUAUGAGGUCAGGUGCACCCGCAAAGAUGAAUCCAUCAGUGCUGCUCGUGACUCUGCUGCUUCUGUCCUGGACCAGUGCAGAGAAAGACCUUAAAGUAAGGGUGGCUCGAUCCAGCAACAAUGAGACCAACCUACACUGGGUGAAAUGUGAAGGAUCUGUGCCUGAUGGAGCUGUUUCAAUUCGAAACACUUACGUGAGUCCGGCUCGCACAGAGUAUGUCUGCAAAUCUGCUUGCCAAGCUGGUUACUACAGCACCAAGGAUUCAAAGUGCCACUACCCCUAUGGAUCACGAGAAAUGUCAUCCUCUAGCAACUGCUAUAUCCUGGUGAACAGAGAUAACUUUGAGCUUCUGGAGUGGAAGGACGGUUACGGUGGUUCAGUGCCAGCCAACGCAGUCAGUACAUGUGGUAGGAAUAAGAUAUUUGUAGGGAAGAGUGCGUACGGUCUCGGGAAAAUAGAUCCUUCUAACCGCUGCUUGUAUUAUGGUUGGAAGGGUGCAGAGACCUGGACCAAGUGGUACCAGGCUCUGACUGUGAAUAAAAACGUUACUGAACAGACCAUGAAAGAUGUGAAAUUCCAGACUGAAGGGGUUUCUGUCACUGUGGGUAAACCAGAAGUUAUGCGCAGUUCUACCAUCAAAAACCAGCACUGUCUCCAAGUUAAAGAUGCAGUUACCCUCACCAAAGACAUUACAACAGAGGAAAGGUGGGAUGUCAUUAAUUCAGUAACAUUUGAUGUCAAAACUACUGUCACAGCUGGAUUUCCUGACAUUGCCUCUGGAACACUUGAGAUUGGCACGGAGGCAACGUGGGUGUUUACUAAUGGAACCAGUCAGACUGAUACUCAGUCGUACUCUAUUUCUGUGCCAGUGCCAGUUCCACCAAAACAGUCCUGUACUGUCAGUAUGCUUGCGCAGGUAAACAAAGCAGACAUCCCUUUCACAGCAACCUUGAUCCGCACCUACCGAGGUGGCAAGAAAACACAGACAAAAGCCAAAGGGGUCUUUAGGAUGACCCAGGUAGUAGAAAUCCAAGAUAACAUAGAACAAUGUACCAUCAUAGGUGACGUGAAAGAUUGUCCAAAGGCUUAA